AUGUCACACCACACACGAAACUUUGACAGAAACGAGGAAGAAGAAGUGUGUGUUGGGUCUGUGAGCGAAUCGUAUGAGAUUGAGACAAUUAACAAGAAGCCGAAGGUGCAACAAAGAAGAAAGGAAGACUUGAAGCCACGUAAAAGUGUGUAUCAUUGGUCAAGGCAAGAGACUGGGUUGUUCUAUUUGGCCUUGAGGAAGUAUGGUGCAAAUAUGGAAUUGAUUGCAAGAGAUAUGCGAAAUACAAAAAUUGAUCGAAAUACUGUGCUUGUAAAAUUCAAAUACGAACAAAAGACACAUAGUGGGUGGGUUAGAAAUGCAAUGAGUAAAAUUGAUUGUCUUCCUUUUUACACAAAGUGCUAA